AUGACCCAAAACAUUAUUCGUCGCAUCUUUGGCAAUCGUGAACUGCCGGAGAACCUUAGCGGUAGCGAGUACGAGCGCUACAUGCAGGAAAACUUUCCCAAGUGGAUUGAUGAGUUUGAAAAGGGCGGGUUUCUUGAGGCAACAAAACUCCCAGCCAUAAAGAGUGAGAGGGAUUUCUUGAGCAAACUCAUUGAACACAAAGACGAAAUUAUGGUGGUUAAGUACUGGAAGCACGGAUGCAUCCCGUGCCUCUCAUUGGCGGAAAUGUACAAACAGGUAUCGGAGCAAUGCAAAAAAGAAAACCGCCGUAUUGCGUGGUACAGUGUGAAUACAAAAGAUGUUAGCGCGCGAUCGUUAGUUGACUACCAACUCGUUAACGGAACCCCCACAGUCCAGACAUUCAGUAGGAUGAAACAGGUGGGUAAAGAAAUUCGAGCAAUAAGUGCGGAGGAGCUAAUGAGGGAGCUUUCUUUACGCGAGGCUGCUCUGAAUACAGAGAGUUAG